CGUUCAUAUCUCUGAAAAUCACAAUGCUCGCAACUCGAUCGGCCAUUAUUAGUACUUUCAUUAUUUCCUGUUUUAUUUCACUGACCCUUAUUACUCUGCAUUUAAAUUAUGGUUCAAACGAUUGUCACGAAGGUUCAUUUUUGUGCAGUAAGUCAGACAUUUGUAUUGCAAAUAAAUAUAAAUGUAAUAAUUUUUCUGAUUGCCAAGAUGGAGAAGAUGAAGAUAUUCUCAUGUGCACCGAUUUUUUUGGAAGUAUGCAACAUUAUGACAAAGUAAUUAAUAUCACAAAACCGGAUACAGAACAAAAUUCAACAUGUAAUGAAUCAAUUCCGCUUUGUGCUUUAAGCAAUUAUCCCGCCGAAUGCGAUUGUUUCAAUGAAACGUGGUUACGAUGUAAUAAUAUUGGACUAACAAAAGUGCCUAGAAAUAUAUCUUCUAAUCUAAAAAAAAUAUCAAUGAGGAGCAACAAUAUAGUUCUUUCUAAUGAUUCAUUUGAUGGGUAUUAUUCGUUGAAAGUGAUCCACUUACAAUAUAAUAGAUUAUCUGUAAUACCGCCAUUUGUCUUUAAACAUCAAAAUAAAUUAAAAUUUCUUAUUUUACUACAUAAUGAGUUGAGUAUUUUGGAAAAAGAUGCACUUUACGGAUUGGUUAAUGUUGAACACUUAAUGUUGGAUAAUAAUUAUUUGGUGUUUUUAAAUCUAAACUCCUGGAAACACAUGAUUAAUGUAAAAGUGAUAGAUUUAUCAUAUAAUUUCUUGACUUUUAAGAACGAAUGUUUUCCAUACUUACCGAAUCUUUUUAUGUUAGAUUUACAAGGGAAUCGUAUCGAAACAAUAAAUGAGUUCCUGUUCGCAUACUUGCCAACACUAAUGACCUUGAAUUUAAGUAACAACGCAAUUACAUCGAUUCAUAAAAAUGCGUUUAAAAACUUAUUGAGUCUUUCAGAAUUAGAUAUAACUUACAAUCAGAUUACAAUAAUCACGCAUGAAAUAUUACAGCCAUUAAAACUAUUAAAUAAAUUAUUUUUAGGAAAUAAUCCAAUUACAAGAAUAAACAAAGUUGUUUUCUCGGAAAUGAAAAAUCUCUUUUCGUUAGAUAUGAAAGGCAUAAAUAAAGAAAAUAUUGAAUUGUCAUUAUUUAAUAACUUGACUACACUGGAAUUUCUUUACUUAAAAGAAUUCCAUUAUUGCGUUUUGUACGCCCAACAUGUUAAAUUUUGUUAUCCGAACACAGAUGGGUUAUCAUCAAGUUAUAAUCUCCUCCCAAAUUCGACUUUUCGAUGGUUCCUAUGGAUGGUAACAGUUCUAACCUUGAUUUUUAACUUAUUAGUUUUAUACGGCCGGAUGUUUAAUAUAUUCAAAGAUGAAAAUAAAGCGAUAAACUUUGUCAUACGGAAUUUAGCUGUUGCUGAUUUGUUCAUGGUGAUAUACUUAAUGUUUAUUGGUUAUCACGAUCAAUUAUACAGGAAUGAAUAUUAUUUGUAUGCACACGAGUGGGAGUCGUCUAAUUUGUGUACCAUAGUCGGCAUUAUGGCUGUGAUUUCAUCAGAAGUAUCUAUGCUUAUAUUGGUGUUUCUCAGCUUGGACAGAUUUCUACUCAUAGCUGUACCAUUUUCUGGUUAUCAAGUCUUGAAAAUGAAAACAGCCGUAUAUUGUAUGUUAUCAAUUUGGGUGGUCGGUAUAAGUAUAUCAAUCGCACCAUUGAUUUUAUGGAAGCACUCGUCAAAAUUCUACGGUUCCAACGGUUUGUGCUAUCCUUUAUAUAUCGAAGAUCCAUUUGUUAAUGGAUGGCAAUAUUCGGCGUUCAUGUUUUUGGGAUUAUAUACAACAAGUUUAUUACUGAUGUCCGUUCUGUAUGCAUUAAUGUUUAUAAAUGUUAGACAAACAAGACAUGCUGCUCGCAUUUCCGCUGGUGAUUUCGAUUUUGCAAUUCGUUGUUUUUUCAUUGUUUUGGCGAAUAUUUUAUGUUGGUCACCCAUAAUCGUUUUGAAAUUGGCAGCUUUAAGAAAGUACCAUAUUUCAAGUAAAAUGUACGUGUGGUUAAUUAUAUUUGUUGUACCAAUUAAUGCAUUAGUAAAUCCAUUACUGUAUACUUUUACAACACCAAAGUAUAUAACAGCCGUAACCUCAACAAAUUUUUUCAAGAUGACUUACCGUUACUCGAGCAGUGAAAUGUCACAAUCGUCGCAUCCGAUAUCCAUAUACAGAAGAAAAUACAUCAAGAAAAAUAGGAAGAAGGCACUUGAAGAAAAACGGGAAGAAAAAAAUAGAACUCAAGAAAACAGUUUAGAAACAACAAAUGGUGAAUAA